UUAUUAUGCAGUUUUUAUCGAAAUAUCCAAAAACAGUCAGUCAUUUAUGAAGGAGAAGAAGAAGAAGCAAAGAAAUCAGAGCAAUUCAAUCUCCAAGCAUUUGAAGAAGAACUGAAAGAAGCACAGAAAAUUACAGAACACAUUAUAAUUGGUGGAGAUUGGAAUGCACAUAAUCCUGCUUGGUUGGAUAACAAUAUCGAUCACAUUGGUGAGAUUGUGUUAGAUUUCAUUGUGUCCAACAACCUACACAUCCUCAACUCACUCCCAUUUGAUACAACAUUCUUGAAGGAAGGAGGAUCGUCCAGUAUUGAUAUUUCUCUCUGUUCACAUUCAUUGUUGCCUUUGUGUAGCAAUUGGAGAACUGACGAUUAUCAUUUGGAUGUAGAUUCUGAUCACCUUCCAAUUACAUUCAAUAUCCUAGCCCCUUGGUCGCAAUCAAGAAUUGAAAGACAGAAAAUCGAAACUUGGAACUUGUCAUGU